GACAUCAUGCCACCAGCACCAGCCACCGCUUCGAAAGGAGCCAAGAAGGCUUCCAAGGCCAAAGCUUCCCGUCCCGCAGGAGACAAGAAGCGCAAGAAGAAGAGGAAGGAAAGUUAUUCCAUCUACAUCUACAAAGUAAUGAAACAAGUCCACCCCGACACUGGCAUCUCCAGCAAAGCUAUGUCCAUCAUGAACAGUUUCGUCAACGAUUUGUUCGAAAGAAUCGCUUCUGAAUCCAGCCGUUUGGCUCACUACAACAAACGUUCGACCAUCAGUAGCCGUGAGGUGCAGACUGCUGUCCGUCUGCUUCUCCCUGGUGAGUUGGCUAAACACGCCGUCUCUGAAGGGACCAAGGCUGUUACCAAAUACACCAGCAGCAAGUAAAUCUUGCUUUUCUCCAAAAAACGGUCCUUUUAAGGGCCACCUAUAUUUUCAUGAUUUCCAACUUUCGAUUUUCUAUUGAUCUGCGAUUUUAGUGCGUUUUUCACCAGAUGAAGACUCUACUUAAGUCACCAUUCUGUUCU